ACGACUUGUCAAAUAAGCGUCAAUCGUAAUCAUUGAAGUGUUUAGUUUAACCUAUUGUAUAUAUGUUUGGUUAAUUACGAGACGUACAUCGAUGCCACGUGUAGUUGGGAUUGGGCGGUCAUGAUACCAUUUUUGAAAUUAGCUAAACCGGUGAAACGACCAGCAAGUGACUCUAAAGUGAAUUAUGAACAAAAACGUGUCAGAAAGUUUCAGCACCAAUGGCAGAAAGACAGACCAUGGCUGGUGUAUGACUCGGAAAACAAUCUGAUGUCUUGUGCAUGGUGUAAAAAAGAAGGUGUACAAAGUAAGUUUACAACAGGCUCUAAUCAUUUCCGAAUCGACGCUGUAAAGGACCACGAGGAAUCAAAGUGGCACAAACAUUUUACAUCAAAGUACUCUUUAAAAACUCACUCAGAAAGUUUGGCAUCAAAAUGUCUACUGCAACUUAAAAAAGCCGAUUAUGACAAAAUGGCUAUAAAAUUUCGAACGGCCCAUGCUAUAGCGAAGCACAACAAAAGUUUUUUGGACUAUACAUUUAUUUGUCAGUUGGACAAAAUGAAGGGUCUUGAUGUGGGAGAACAGUACCUCAAUGACAAGUCUGCAGCUACAAUGAUACACCACAUUGCUGCAGUUACAAGAUCAGAAGUAUGUGAAAAGUUACGUCACAGUUUGUUCUUUUCCCUUACAUGUGAUGGAGUGACUGACUUUACAGGGGAUGAGUUGGAAAACAUUUAUGUGAGAAUUUGUAACAAAGGGGUCGUUGAAGUCAUGUAUUUGCACAUUGGGAGUCCCGACUCCACUUCAGCAAGUGAUCUACAUCUGAUGUUCCAGGAAACCUUCCAAAGCCUCGAGAUUCAUGAUGUGUUCAAAGACAAGCUUAUUGGUUUUUGUGCAGACGGGGCAUCUAACAUGCAAGGCUGUAAAUCAGGACUUGGUGCACUGCUGAAGGAGACAAGACCCCAUUUGGUUGUUGUGCAUUGUUUAGCCCAUCGUCUUGAAUUGAGUUUCAAAGAUGCAAUAAAAUCGUGCCAACCAAGUCUGUAUACUAAAUGCAUGACAUUACUUAUAGGACUAUUUUACCUGUACCACAAAAGUCCAACACAAAAGAAGGCCCUCCAGCGAAGUUUUGCCUCGUUAGAAAUGAAACAGGUCUUACCUACGAGGGUAGGAGGAACGAGGUGGUUGCCACACACGUACAGGGCCAUCACAGUACUCAUAAAGGGAUACAAAGCUAUUCGACAACAACUUGAAACCAGUAGUCAUAAUAAUGCAAAGGCAGAGGGAUAUGCUCGUCUGAUCAGUGAUGGUCAUGUUAUUGCAUACAUCUUAAAAUUGAAGGAAAUCAUAACCCACUUGAUGAAGCUGUCGUUGUAUCUGCAAACUCAAGGGAUAUGUCUUGCAGACGGAUUUCACAGACUUGGUGUUACAAAAACUCUACUUACUCAUAUGGAACCUGUGUAAGUACAUGCAUGCAUCUGUAUCAUUUAAUGAGAGUGAAAGUUGAU